UAUUUCCUGUCUGCUACGAGUGACUUGUUUAUUCUGUGAAAUAUGAAAAAAUGAGUAGGCUAUUCAGAUUUAAACAUUCGCCAAAUUUUAAAUGAUCUAAUUGAAAGGUAUUCUGCGUAAUAAAUACUAAAAAAGGUUCUGUGAGUAGAAUGUACAAAGUGUCAAAUUUUCGUAACCUGAAAAGUGCAAGGGUAAAACUGUAUAGUUUACCAAAGGAGGGUGCAAGGCGAGACUUGUGGUUUGAGAGAAAGAAUUUCAUCAACGACAUCAACCUGAAAAAUCUGUAUGUGUGUUCGGAUCACUUUCUUACAGGAAAGCCGAGUGGGCAAUUCCACAAAAAACAUGUUGAUUGGGCACCCUCUAUAAAUUUGGGAUCAAAUCAGACGAAACAAUUUCUAGUUGGUGAUCAGCAAGUACGAAACAAUGUUGCUUUUGACAAGGCUGAUACACAUCCACCUUUGCCUUCAUCAACACUACCCGUGAUGGGAGAGCAAUGGCCAUGAACUCUUGAACCCAAUCAUCUUUUACAGCCUUUUUUUAUUCAGAAGACAGCCCCUUGCAUGCGCCAAGGGCUUUCAGAUGAUUUUGAUAGCUUUUUGUUUCAACUAGAUUCAUGAAGAUAUCUGAGGAAGCAAAUUUUGAAACAAUUGGACAACAGCCUUAACCAAAACAAUAUGGACAAUCACUGUUAAACAUUUUUCACUUUUACAAAUAACGUGUUUUGGCCUCAAUACUAAGUCCACUGGCAUAAUUAGACAGUGACAUAGUUAAACACUAACACUAUAACGAACUAAUAUAUAAAGAAAACACAUUAUAACUUCUAAACAACCCUUUUCUAUCACUAUUUUUCAAAAACAUUCAUAUUUCGCAGAACUACACUAGUCACUCGUAGCAGACAGAAAAUACAUGAGUUGCUGCGUUGCCACGAUGGCAACAAAUGUUAAAAAAGAUGUCGAACAGUCCUAUAUUAAACGGAUUUACACAACAUUUCUUAACCAUGAUAGGUGAUUGCAUGUGGACAGUGGGGAGGGGGUUUUCAAUAGAAUUCAACCCACAUACAACCCGCUUUUACCCUCCCCCCAGUUUUUUCCACCGAGCCUCCCACCCGCCAAAAUUUUUUCCUUAUCCCUUUGCUGUCCGUUUCACAGCGAAUGCAAUCUUUGUAAGAGCAGCUGAAUAAUUUUGAAUUUUCAAAUUUUCGUUUUGCUACAAUGCAUUUUAUUUAAUUGUAGCACCUUUCGCCAUAUCCAUUUUGUUACUAUGUUCGGUAAAUAAAAUAUUUAUAUGUCACCAAAA